CUGCAUGGCACUGGGGUGAAACUGGGAAGUGAUGUUUUGUUAUUGUUUUGUGUGUGUGUGUGUGUGCAUGUGUUGAUGGCCUCAGUUCACAAGCCAGUUCCUUUCUGUUGGCUUCAUUUUGUUUCUAUUUUAGGUGACCUAAGACCAGAAGCUUUGUGCGCAACCGGAAUUGCCCCUGGAGUGCAAUUUUUCUCAGAAGUGUCUGUGUGUGAAAGAGCUCGCAUGGCAGUCCAAGACGAUCAUGACCAGGAAUCUCCCUGGAUCUCCAAUGGACCCACCACAGAAAGGCAAAGAACAGCUUGUUUAUCCUGGAAGAACAUGUUCAUUGCCAUUAUCAUCAUCAUCAUCCUCAUCAUUAUUGUCAUCCCCAGCAUUGUCUUUGGCACUAGAACUGGAAAAGCACCAGAGCAGCCAGUCCCUCCUUGUAAGGUGCAUGCAUGCGCAUCUGGUUGGAAAGCGUACGAGCAGAAAUGCUACUACUUUUCAGAUGUGGAAAAGAACUGGACCCUCAGCCAGAGCUUCUGUGCUUCACAGAAUGCCUCCUUGGCUGUAUUGGAAAGGGAGGACGAAAUGCGUGUUGUGAUGGGUCUAAAAGGCAAGUAUCCCUUUUGGAUUGGUGUCAGAAGAGAGCCAGGACAGCGCUGGAAAUGGCUCCAUGGAAACAGCUCGGCGUUGGAUGUCAGUGGAUAUGGAGGAAACUGCGCCUGUCUGAAUGAUGAACCCACACCCAGCUCCUUAAGAUGCAGCACUGAACACCACUUCAUCUGCACCAAAACUAUGAAAGAGGCUGGAGCAGUGCCUGGUGUGAAGCGCGUAGAGUGAUAUUUAUAUAAACUAUUGGCUGAUUCACAUUCUAUGGCCUUUUAAAUGUGUUUACAUUCAGCCCUGUUCU